UUCAUUUUCGGUAAACGGUUUUCGCGAAAUUGUUAGUUUUAUCUGCUAUUUAUUCAAGAAAAAUGUGUGCUGUGUGUUAUUUAGACAAAAUUAUGUUUCAAAUCAGUGCUCAAUUCCAUCAAAUGUUUGUGUUAUAUGUGUUCGGAAAAAUUGCAAUUAAUUGCGUUAUGUAAUGUGAAAAAAAUGUAUUAUUUUAUCUCAGUUAUUCCUUCUUUCGUUGCUCUGCCACUGCGCUCGUCGACGUUAACGUUUGUUUCUCGCUCGCACUGCUAGGCUCUCUUACUCCGUGCUCGAUUAUCAUAGAAUUUGGGAGAGAAGAGAGCUGAAUUCACUGAACUUUGCAGUCAAUUCAAACAUUUUAAUAUUUCAAAUAACAAAAAGGUACCACUGUGCCGCAUAUCCAAUGAAGAUUUGUAGUCCUGGCCACAACGGAUAUCCUUAACGACAUUAAUUUGUUCCUAGGCGUCGGCGAUUAGCAAAGAAAACAAUAAAAACGAAUACCAACAACAAUGGAGAAGGAAUAAUUGAGACAAUGACACCCCCAUGUCCUUUGGUGGACAGAUCCAGCAAAUGAAUUCAUUACAUCCGAAAGUGACAAUAUUUACGAACCGAAAAAAAAACAAACCAAGACCAAAACACAAGAAUAAAAAGCCAACGAGGACUGAAGUGUGAUUGCCGCCAGUUUAAAACAAUAAAAGAAACGAUUUGAAUGCAAAGUGACUAAUGUGAAUGCCCAGGCAGCAAGGUUGGUACAAGUUACUUCCUCGGCGACACGUGCUAGCUGCGAGAAUAAAGAACACGCAACGAGAUAACGCCACUACAAAGUUGAUGACUUUAGUUGCCAAAUAAAUUAAUGGGUUGCACGUGUUGCGAAGCUCGGUGCGAUGCGGGAGGAAGAUUAUAAUAUUCGGGCUAUUUGAAUUAUCAAGAACAAGCAACGUCUGACGGAUGACGAUUUAGCUAAAAAAGCCAAAAACAACAACAACAACAAAAAUAACAUCAACGAGAAUAACAAUGAAAAUCAUGAAUCAGUUUUGGGGAUUCUUGAGAAAAAUCGAAAAGUAAACGAGGCAGAGAUUUUCACCACCCCCCACAAAACAGAAAAAAAAUCAUUUCCCCCCGGUUACUAGAAUUUUUGUUUUUUUUUUGUGUUCGAAAAGGGGGAAUAAUCGUCGAUUGCAUUUUUUUAAUCCAAUUGGAAUUCAAGUUGAGAGCAUUGAAAAAAUUUGGGGAAAAUGACGCUAUUGCUCGAUCGAAAAAAGUGCCUAAAUUGUGAUAAAUUUCUAAGAAAAAUUCCAAAAAUGUAUGAACGCAAUCGGUAAAAGCAGCAGCAGGAAAAUCGGCGAAAAAAAAGACGGUAAAUGAAAUUACGACGAGCACACACACACACAUAUAUACACUCGUCGAGCGACUAAGUGAUUUUUUUUUUGUUGUGAAAUGAAAUGCCGUGUAGUGCAGUGCCAAGAAAAUAGGAAAAUGAUCUAAGAAGCAAAAAAAAAAAAAAAAAAAAAAAAUUGAAAUGAAAAAUAUUUGAAAAAAAAAAAUUACAAGUGAAUGAGUAAAUCAAAGAAAGCUGCACACACCCACAGCAUUUGCAGCCACAGCGACACCAACAUCACCACCACCACCACCAUACCUCAAUUGGCCUCUGUGUUAGAAGUGGCAGAAAAGGUGCAGCUGCAUUCAAUAACACCCUUCGAAUAGCUCAGCCGGUCCCCCUGAAACGCAUAACGCACCCAGCUAAGAAAAAAAAAACAACAACAAAAAAGAGAAAAUUCUCCAAUUUUCCAUUUUUUUUUUUUAAUUUUUUGUAACGCCGAAAAUCUUGAAGUGAAAGUGUAAGAAUGCUAGAAAAAAUCAAAGUGAAAAGGUGAUGAAAGGUUUUGGAACCGCCACAAAACAACAUCCCCCCAAAAAAUAUCCCUGUCUUUGUCUCUCUCUGAGAAUUUUUUUUCCAGAGAUAAAAUAAAUUUUCAUAAAAAAAGAGAAUUGAAAAAUAAAUAAAUAUUUAUUUUUUUUUUGGUGGAUGUGAAAGAUUUUUUUGAAAUUUUUGUUAGAAAAAAAAAAGUAAAUAAACUCAAACUCAAACACCCAAAUCACGACCGACCAAACUUUUGUUCGAUUCGCUAUCAAUUGCGGAAACGCCAUGAAUGCGCGAAUAUUGCGCAAAUGGAGUAUACAUACGAAAAAUCUAAUGUCUUGCUCAGCGUGUUCACUUGUGGUCGUUGUACUGCUGCUGCUGCCGCUACUACUUGUCACAUGUGCCGCCACACCAGCCCUAGCAUUGGCCGCAAUGAACCUGCCACAAUCACAGCGAACAACAACAGCACUACACACAUUGUCGUCGUCGUCGUCGUCGUCGUUGUUGUGGCCGACAACGUCACUGGCGCUGGCGAGUACAGCAGCCGGAGUAGAGAAAGAGGAACCCAUGCCAAAAAAUGUCCAUCAUGCAGCAGGAGCAGGAGAAGCAAUAGCAGCAGCAGUAGCAGCAGGAGGAGUAGGGGGAGUAGUUCGAGAGACAUUGCAAGCCAGCAGCAACAAACAACGGCCAACACUAACCUGGCCGACAACAAUAUUUGCAUCCGCAGCACCAGCAACUUCAUUGUCAUACCAGCAACAACAACAGCAGCAGCAGCCCCAGUCCCAACUUCGGCGAGAGCCAACAAAAUUAUUGGCAAGCUCAUCAUUGCAAGCAUACCGAAGUUACGGCAGUGGCACGAGACAUCAGGCGUCACAACGCUUGGAAGUGGCCAACAAUGGUGGCGACAUUAUGGCCAGAGAACCAUUUCCGGGCUUUUACACACAACAACAACCCCGGCCAGAUGACAUACAGCCAACAUGGCCCUUGGCUGCCAGACAAUAUGCCAAGCCAACUAGCAGUGGUAGUAAUAAUGGUGGGCUAUUGGCCCCAGCUUGGCUGGUCCCCAAAAACAAGGAUAUACUCAAGCCCGGGACCUCCCAGCAAAUGGGAGAGUGGGCCCAAACCCCCUUAAGGCCCCUGGAGUCACAUCAUCAUACGGAAGAGACAGAUGAUGCUGAUGAUGAUGACAACAUGGAUGACUUCAUGGCAGACAAAUUAGGCGUUGACGCCAAUAACAAUUAUGAGGAGCAGGAGCAGGAGGAGGAGAAUGAUUUUAAUGGCAGUGAUGAUGAUGACGAUGAUGAUGUGGAAAAUGAGGAUAUUAGCCAAAUGACUGACAAUAAAUACCAGGACAAUAAGGCGACAACAAGACUAUCCGGCAGGAACAUAAAAAGUCUGGAGACAAGAAGGUAUCCUUAUAGGCAGCAUUAUUACCAACAACAACAACAACAACAAAAAGAACAACAACGCCCUUCCCCCACAACAUCCCACACACAAACCCCCAAUAUCAUCACCAAAACAACAACAACAACAGUCUUUUCAUCACCCAACCAUAAAUCCAUGGAACCAAACAUUGGCAGCGGUGGCGGCGGCGGCGGCGAUAAGGUUUUCGACAUCUCCAAUAUCUUGAAAGUAAACAAAAUUAAGUCAUCUGCCGCCAGAGCGCCCAUACGAUUUGUUAUAGAAUCAUAUGAGGUAGCACCAUUGCCCCUCUCCCUCUCAGCCUCCACCACUGCAUCACAAAGAGGUGAGCCAGCGGCGCGGCGUUUAAAGCAAUUGCGUAGCCGACAUGAACAGCAACAGCAGGCGGCACGUAAUCGCCGAGAUUCCUUGCGGGGUGGUUAUAAUAAACGUAAUCAGCAAGACUCCAGCAGCCCCUCCUCCUCCUCCUCUUCCUCCAUGUACUUUCGCCACCACCACCACAACAACAACAACCAUCAACGGCUGCGCAACAAACACGAUCAUCGCCGCCGCUACUGUUCCGCCCGUGAUCCCGCCCAGCUAGCCUUCGAAGCACCCACCGUCUUCGAGGGUAAAAUUGUCUCAAUGACACCCGAUCGCCGCAUGAACUUCUCCGCCACCGUUGAGGUGCGUGAGGUCUUCAAACAACAGAUUGGCUAUCGCCUGCAAAAAUAUCUACGCCUGCAAUUCGCCUAUCGCAACAGCAGCGGCGAAUGUGACAUCUAUCGCGAACAGCUGCGACCGCGUGGCCUUGUCCGCGGCGACACAAUUGAGCCGGGCCGCAUCUAUUUGCUGUUCGUACAGCAGCUUGACAUUGGCAAUUUCACCAUCCUUGGCCAGCCGAUAAGGAAGACCAAACGGGUUGUUGAAGCUGUCCGCAAUGCUGUGAGUGAAAACUAUGCACAGCUCGCUUCCAUAAGAUCAAUAUCAGCCAGCAAUCGGACGGUGGAAAACGGGCAAGAGCUGCGGAUUGUGUGUAAGGUGACGGGCAGGCCGCCACCCAAAGUGACAUGGUUUAAGGAUCAUCGAUCAAUAAAUCGAAAUCGUAAACUGUAUCAGUUUAUACACUAUAAGAAGAGAUCUGAACUUAUUAUACGUUCGUUCAAUACCUCUGAUGCGGGUCGUUAUGAGUGUCGAGCAAAAAACAAGGUUAAUCGAAAUAUAGAACGCAGAACCAUUGUCAUCAAAGCGUAUCCAGUCGUACAACGCUUUGAUCCAAAUCCCCGAGGUGCUGGCAACACCUGCCCCGAUGAUGCCUCUGAGUUUUGUUUCAAUGGUGGAACCUGCAAGUUCUUCUCUGAAAUCAGUUCCUAUUCGUGCAUAUGUCCUGAAGGCUUCAUUGGUGAGAGAUGCGAUCGCAAGGAAGUCAACAAUCCCAGUACGUACAGCAACGAACAAGAGUGUGGCGAUAAAAAGUAUUUUGGAAGUUAUUAUUGCUAAAGUAGGCUUUUCUAUAGCAUCCAAUGUUUAACGAUAUAGAAACAAAAAUCUCAAAAAAGAAAAAAAAAACUCGAAAUUUUUUAUAAGAAAAAAAAUGA